CUCUGUUCGCCACUUUAUACCGCCCGCCCACCACUCCCCGUUUCUCUCUGCUUCAUCCUUCGCUUUCCCCUGCGCCAGGCCCGCCCCGCCCCGCCCCUCCAGAACGACAUCCUGCUUCCCCGCCCCCUCCGAUGGGGAACCCGCCGGAGCUGUACCACAAGAUCCUCAACAUCCCCAAGGACACCUCGCCGCACGAAAUCCGCGCCGCGUACAAGAACCUCGUCAAGAAGUGGCACCCCGACAAGCACCCGCCGUCGUCCAGGCCGGAGGCCGAGGCGCGCUUCAAGGCCAUCAGCGAGGCCUACGAGGCGCUCCUGGACCAGCAGGAGAACAGGGGCGUGUUCGAGCUGUGCAACGACGGCCGGGCGGGUGAGAGGACGCGCGGCGCCUUCGGCGGCGCCGGCGGCGGCGGUGGCGGAGGCCUCGGCGCCGGCGUCGGGGCGCGCAUGGAGAGGACGCGCAGCGACGGGUUCUGCACGAGGAGCGCGCCCGGCACACCGGCGAGGGAGUUCAAGAAGGUGUACAGCUCCGGCGACCCCGGCGGGCGCCGCGCCUUCGCCGAGUUCUCCAGCUCCAUCGUGCGCAAGGCGCCGCCGCUGGAGCGCAAGCUCGAGUGCACCCUCGAGGAGCUCUGCCGCGGCUGCAAGAAGGAGGUCAGCUUCACCCGCGACGUCGUCACCAAGAACGGGUCAACCGUGAAGAAGGAGGUGACACAGACGGUGGUGGUGAAGCCAGGGUGGAGGAAAGGGAAGCAGGUGGUGCUGGAAGGCAUGGGGGACGAGCGGCCGGGGUGCCUGCCCGGCGACGCCAUCCUCACGGUGUCCGAGAAGAGGCACCCGGCGUUCAAGCGGGUGGGCGACGACCUGGUGCUCAAGGCGGAGGUGCCGCUGGUGGGCGCGCUCACCGGCUGGUCCUUCUCGUUCCGCCUCCUCGGCGGCAGGAAGGUGAGCUGCUCGUUCCAGGACGAGGUCGUCCGCCCCGGCUACGAGAAGGUGAUCGCCGGCGAGGGCAUGCCGGUCCCCGGGCAGAAGGGCGCGCGCGGCGACCUGAGGGUCAAGUUGGACGUCGUCUUCCCCAAGGAGCUCACCCCCGAGCAGCGCGCCGGCCUCGCCGAGAUCCUCAGAGGGUCCUGCUGAUCCAUCGGCCCCAGUUCCAAGCGUAUCAAGUUUUCUUGGCCGUGUCCGUGUGUUAAAUUUUAAUAUGUAUACUCAUAGCGCGUGUGAUGAGUAUAUAAGUACAUAAAGAGAGAGGGGAGGGGGCGUCGUUGUACAUACAGGUCGUUUAUAUAUUAUAUAUGUAAGGAUAAAAAGAAAUAUGAAACGUGAGCCAAAGCCAAGCCUUGUGU